AGCAUUAUUGAUCCGCCGGUGGCGCGGCGGGGAAAGAGCGUGUCCGGCCAAUGGAAAGUCGUGAGAGGCGUGAGAGGCGGGCCUAGGGAGGAGUGGCACUGUGUGUACGGAGAAUGCGGACUCGAGCUGGGUGCACGCCUGCUCCCUUGGGGGCGCGGGAGCCUGGGGGCUGCAAUGGCCCCCAGCCACUUGUCGGUGCGGGAGAUGAGGGAAGAUGAGAAACCCUUAGUGCUGGAGAUGCUAAAGGCUGGUGUGAAGGACACAGAGAACCGCGUGGCCCUCCACGCCCUGACACGGCCGCCAGCCCUGCUCCUCCUGGCGGCAGCCAGCAGUGGCCUGCGCUUCGUCCUGGCCUCCUUUGCCCUGGCCCUCCUCCUGCCCGUGUUCCUGGCUGUGGUGGCCAUGAAGCUGGGCCUGCGGGCCCGGUGGGGCUCGCUGCCCCCACCGGGCAGCCUGGGGGGCCCCUGGGUGGCUGUGAGGGGCUCAGGCGACGUGUGCGGGGUCCUGGCCCUGGCCCCAGGCUCCAGUGCUGGUGAUGGGGCCCGGGUCACCCGCCUCUCUGUCUCUCGCUGGCAUCGCCGCCGAGGCGUGGGCAGGCAGCUGCUGGCCUUUGCUGAAUCCCGGACUCGAGCCUGGGCGGGCAGCAUGGGGGAGACCCGGGCCCGGCUCGUGGUCCCGGUGGCUGUGGCGGCGUGGGGUGUGGCAGGGAUGCUGGAGGGCUGCGGCUACCAGCCCGAGGGGAGCUGGGGCUGCAUGGGCUACCCGCUGGUGAGAGAGUUCGGCAAGGACCUGUGACUCCACAGCCCAGAGGGAGGAAAACCAACACUUAGUGAGCAUGCGCUGUGUGCAGGCACUUUCACAGCCUCCCUCCUUCUGUGGAUUCCCCAGCCCACCCAGGGCCCAGAGACUGAGGCCCACAAAGGGCAGGAGACCCCACCGCAGCCUGACAUCUGUCUGCAGCGUUUGAACUUCUCAGAGAGGUCGACCUGUCCAGCCCCUGCCUCUGGUUCUGUCUGCACUGAGAAAUUUCCCCGUCUGUCUGUCUGUCUGCCAGGCCAUUGCCGCUCGUGCUGCGGGCCUGGGAGAGAGACGUGGUGGGAGGAGAGGAGGCCCCUCCACCAGGGUUAGGGCUUGCUGCAGGGGCAACCCAAGCGGGGAGCAGACCCCCGGGAAUGGGAUGGGGAUCGAUGCCCGUGCUUGGAGGGGUUGAGUCUGCAGAGGCAGAGAGGGGGUGAGCGGAGCCUUUGCUGAGGAGGGUUGUCUGUGUAGAGAGCCCCCCCCGGGGGGGGGGAGGCACAGGGUUGCCCAGCUAGCCCCUCCCCGGAAGGUGAGAGCCGGGAGGGGCUGUCAGACCCAUCUGGUUUUUCACACCGGUUUGCUAAUAAAGCCUGAAACUUC